AUGGCGGCCACUGACAGGCAGUGGUACGUAACAGAAGACGGUUGUUUAUCCGUUGGAGAAAACGUUACAAGCGUAACCUAUCAUUCGUCAUUAAAUUCUAUUAUUCUAACAACCAAUGAACCAUCUCUUAAAAUAUUGGAUGCGACAUCUGGGGUAUUAUUACAGAAAUCAAAUCUUUCGGCCAAAAAUUGCAAAACAUUUACCUGUGCCUACUUAGCUGAGAAGGACAAGACCGUAUUUUGUGAUGGCCAGUCGUUGGGAGUUCGCAAACACAUCCGGGGAGUCCUCUUGUUAGAUACAGCUCUACAGGUUCCUGUAAUCAAGAAUAACAAUGUGGUCAAAGUGGAACUUCCACUUGCAGAGGCGACCCAGCUGUUCAAGUCGCUGGUGAAUGCUGAGUUGUCUGGUGUUGAACAUGUGGAGGAUGUCCUGAAGGAGCUGGAGAAAGAGCUGGAAAUUACACAGGAAGCUACAAAGGGAAACCAUAAGCUAGCAAAGUGGGCAACUGUCUGUUUGCGGCUACCGCAUUAUGUUCUGAAAGGUGUGUGCAGUGGUUUUGUCAAUGAAUUAAAGCGCAGCAAUGUUCACAAUCCCGGGUUGCCCAUUGCCUCGGCAAUAUGUGAUCGUCUGAUGUACCUGUUGCCAUCCAGUAUUCCGGUGAUCAACAGCAAGCAUGUUGACAGGUCGUACAUGUACAGUGAGGCUAGUCGGCUGGAGACGUUCAGAAAAUGGCCACACCAAAACUACAAGUGGGCCACACCAGAGCCGAUGGCCCAGGCAGGAUUUUACCAUCACCCAAAUUCAUCAGGAGAUGACCGUGCCAUGUGCUUCACUUGUAGCGUGUGUCUUGUAUGCUGGGAACCUACUGAUGAACCCUGGUCUGAGCAUGAACGUCAUUCACCAGCUUGUCCUUUUGUGAAAGGAGAGUCCACACAGAAUGUUCCACUCUCAGUUACCUAUGCAACACAACCUGCUCAACGCCAUGGAGACUCUCACGAAAAGAUUCACUGUGUCAGUUCCACUGCGAAUGAAGAUUACAUAGCGACAUCAACGAGAAAUGGCAACAUUGCAGUUUGGAACAUAAGUAGGGUGUUGAAAAAACAUUGUCAGUUUAACCUUGACCCUGCUGACGCCCUGGUGGCCCUCAAGAUGGGCAUUCAGUUUGACAGUUGUAAGGAAAGCAUGGACAGUCAGGAAGAGCAGAAGCAAUCCACAGGGCCAGAAGAGUUGUCUAGAUCUGGUAGUGAGUGUAAAGUAGGAGGAAGUUCUGAAUGCUGUGCGGUUUCUGACGAACUUCAACAAGUGUCACUACAUGAUUCUGAAGUUCACGAAGAUAUACCACCAUGUACCCAAAGAGCCAGACCAUCGGAUGAUGUUCUUGUGCAUUCUCUAUGUGUUGUGGAUAACACGGUGAAAGGUUUGGACAAACCCGAAGGAGCUACUUCUAGCUCUAACAAACUGCAGACCUCAAAAUGUGAUAAGCGAUUAAUUCCCCAGCCAACACUGUUGUGUGGUGUGUCGCUGAGGAGGACCAAGUGUGUGUCUGGGAGCGAGGACAAUGAGAUGUCCACAACAACCAACGGCCGGAGCGAGGCCGUGCAGCUGAUGAACCAGGUGAACCAGGUCGUCAGUAGUGACAUACAUUCCAGAAUUAUCACUAAUUCUGACCACGGCAGUGACUUCGUGCGGCCCGAGACGAAUCUGAUUCCGUAUCUGUUAGUUGUAGCAGCGCCAGAAGCGGCCCCACCGAGGCCUGUGAAGAAAGACGAUAAUACGGACAGCACUCAGGCCAACAUGGCACGAGAAAACACGGUUGUCGUGACUGGCAGCAGUUCAUCCAUGCAUCCCGACUGGACGAUGUUCCUGGAGAAUGAUCAGUGGGCUGAUCCAGAUAUUCAGAUUAUCGGCUUCACACCGGCUCCGAAUCAACCGGUUCAACCCAAGUUCAAGAAUCCCAUUCAUCACCUUCCGAAGGGAGUCACAGUGAAUCAUAUUGGAAACUCGAUUACCAUUUACCAGUCGAACAGCCACCCGCAUGUUGUGGAGCCUCAGUUGGAGGAGCUAGAGGAGGUGGAAGAGUCGGUGCCGAAUGGACCGAAAGCCGGGAUGGUGCUGCAAUGUGUAGAAUUUCCGGUGGAGUUCCAGAAAGAGUAUCUGGAAGUGCACUCAAUUACUCCCUCCAUUGAUAAGCAAUAUGUGAUAGUAGUUCUUGCUCCAAAAUCUGAAAUUACUUCCGAAUCUUCGGAAGAGGAUUCCGUGAUGGAGAACUCUCAUCCAGCACAGCCCAAUGGAACCGCGAACGGUUACCAUGACACUUACUGCGGGGGUGCCAUUCUCGUGUACAAGCUAAUCUUCAAUGACGUGUGGGUGACACUGAAUGAAACUCCCGUGGCCGUGCAUGGUAUCGAACAGUUGAGUAACGCUGUCACCAAGGUGCUGGUUUUGCCGCAGGAGAUGUCCGACCAGGCGGAGGAUGACGAUUUGGUAAACACUGCGGCCCGUUUUACUAACGUGGUCUCCAGCAGUAAGGUGAAGCCGUCGCCAUGUCUGGGGCAGCUGGCAGUCACGCUGAAGAGCGGAAGUGUGUGGCUCCUCAAUCUGGCUGAUAUGAAGCUGUUGUCGGAGAUACAACCACCAGAAGAUGAUACCUUUUUGUCACUGACCUAUUGUAUCGGUAUUGAGCGACUAUGCGGCUGCACCAACAGUGGCAAGCUUCUCUUCUACCAGAUCUCUGAGCAGAGUCCGGACCUUCAGGAUGGCCCACUCGAACUGGACAGCUCCAGCUCCAAAGAGUGGCAGGACGACGCCACGGUCUGCAAGAAGGCCAAGCUGGAGGAUGUCAUAGACCAGCCUAUGGCCAAGCUCGGCCAAGAGUUCCUAGCAAAACGUCCUUUGACUGCAGAGGUACUGUCAAGUUUCCACAGUCUAAUACAGUUUGAGAAUUUGUAUCCCCGCUACACGGCUACCGUUCCACCAUGUUGGAGUGAAAUUCAGCAGGAACAGCAACAGAGGCGUCAUCCACAGCAUCUACAACAACAAGGGGAGGCUACUCAACACACCCGGACAUGGAAGUUGACACCUGACAGUGCAAACAACACUUGGAAUGAACAUUUGUUGGAAAUUGUGCUCCCGCGACCCUGUUGCGUGGGACAUGUUGACCUGAAGUUCACCCUGCAUCCUGUAUGUACUUCUGACCCAAACAUCGAGGUCACAUUACUAAAGCAAAAUAUAGGAAACAUCCGCAAGUCACAAGUUCUGCACCAGCCUGAGCCAAUUAGCGUGGAUCAGAAAGUUGACUUCAUUUUAGAAGGUUCAUCAUCCGACACCUCGCAGCCAGAGUUUAUUAACAACGUGUUGGAUCCUGCGUUUCUUGAGCUGCACAACGCAGAGAUAUUGUGUGGGCCGGUGAAGAUAUCCAACUGCAUGGAUCUGUCUGGAAGUGGCGGCUUAGUGUCCCUCACCAGUCCCCAGCUGCUCAACUCGAAACCCAGGUCCCUGCUGCUGCACAUUAAAGGAUUCCAAAACACAUCUGAUGAAACAUCUAAGGAAAAUAAGAAGAAAGCCAACAUUGUUUCUUCUGCAUUCAAACCGAAGACGAAAAGUAUUAAGUCUUUGUUUGAGAAUGUUCCCCACAUGCCUGGAACGAGUGCCACAGAACGUCUAGCGGCCACCGCUCCCAAACAGAAGCUUACUGAUGUGAAAGGGUGUGACUGGCUGCAGGAAAUUUCUGUCACUGUGAGGAAGAUGAAACGGACUCAUGUGUUGAGAGAAAGGGCUCAGCGAAAUGCUAUGAUAGAUCUUCAGGCGUUCCAUGAAAAACUCACCGGAGUUAUCACCAAGCCAAACGAAAGCGAGCUCGCUGGGGUGGGCUUGGAGCAUGCUCAGAACAUGGCUUUGGAUAUAUUGUCAUGGAUUGCGUCUAUACAAAUGAGUGAUCCUCAAAAGAGGAAAGGCAGCCGGUGUUUAGUGACUGUGAUACAACAACAGCUCAGAGAGUUGGUGAAAGCCUGCUUCAUUGAUGGUUCGAGAACCACCGCCCACAAGUGUGCCAGGCUGUUCGCUCUGUUGACAGAGUAUGUGAAGGUUGCAGCAGACCCUAAUCUAGCACCGACAUUCAGCUACCUUCUACUGCAGUCCAUUCUCGCUUGUUUACCCCUGAUUCCGUGUGCCAUGUCGGCAGGAGCCAUGAAGUGGUACUUCACUCUUCUCAACCACAUCAAGUGUAUGGACAUUGGCAGUGUAUCCAAGUCGUGCACAGAGCUUCUCGGCACCAUCGCCAAGCAGUAUCAUGAACGAUCCUUGCCAAUGCAUGCUCUGCUAAAAGCCAGAUAUGGUUUGUAUGGUCAUCCAUUUGAACCCGACCUCUUUGAUGUGGAGAACCCUCCCAGCCUGAAGCAGGCCCCUUCAUCCACUCAGUCUGCCCUUCAGGCAUCCAAGGCAGGCACAGUCGGCUCAACGGCUGGCUCCAAUACAUCCACACCACAGCAGAGUCAAGAAGAUCCAGAUCUCUAUGAGAUGCUCAGCUUGUCACUGGAAAAAACUGGGAAAACUCAAAUUGAGUACGCUCGAAGUCAUGUGCUUGGUCUUUUGGAGGCGGAACCUCUACACUUCGUCUGUCAUGCAACAAGUGAUUCUACUCGUGUUGAAAGAAUGGACACAUCCACCAACCCACCGAUUCCCACAGGUGGUCCUUUAGGAAUGUCUGGAACGAUCAACUUUGGGGAAAACCCGUCACCUUUGAUGGGCGCUGGAAGCAGCAUGUCAGGAACUGCAAUGGCCGAUUCCCUGAAAAAACUAGCUCAAACCUAUGCCAAACAGCUGCACCCCAGUUACAAGCAGAUCGAGCAGGCUAUUACAGAGGCAAUGCACACACCCCUACCAACAAAGGCGCCAGACCUUUUCCCACCCACCCCCAAAACAACACCGAACAUGAUAACACCCUCUGUAACACCUCCCAAUGAAACCUGGCAUUUUCAGGUGGUCGGACCACCAACAGUAUCAAAGUUUUCUGGUGGCAGUGAGAGUGACAUCAUUAAACAGCAGCAGGUGCCUCCCCCAGCCACGACCCAGGCGUCCACAGCAUCAACACCUAGCACAACACAAGCCAAUACACAGCACCAGCAACCGAAGUCGUCGUUGCCGUUCCCUCAGACUCUACUACAGGCACCACCUCCUCAAGUCCUGGUCAUCGAGAGAAUGCAUUCAGGUGCGAGACGAUUCGUCACUCUAGACUUUGGUAAACCCAUCAUUCUGACAGACGUGAUAAUUCCUGCAUGUGUGGACCUGGCCUCUCUGUCUAUCGAUGUGUGGAUACAGGGUGAAGAGGUUGAUGGGCAGAGGCUGGUUGUGGCCUCGGACAUUGGCAUGAGGACUUUGGUCAUGAACAACAUCAUGCCGUCUCCAAUCUGUAGAUAUCUGAAGAUUACAACAGUGGGUCGUUAUGGGACAGGAACGACCAAGUCGAGAAUUCCUAUCGGUUCCUUCUAUGGUCACAGCUACAUCCUGCCGUGGGAAUGGAAGGAGUACCUGUCGAGCCAGACGGGCCACUCGAGCAGCUACAUCAACAUGAUGGAGCUCCAGAGUCAGAGCCAGCUCCUCACGCAGCUCAGCCUGUUCAUCUCGCUGCAAGAGGACCUACACUGUCGCUACAGCCUGGUGCGCACACGCCUCGAGAACAUGCUCUCUGCCGUCGACAGCCGGCAGUUCGCCACGUCCCACGUCCAGUACUACCUGAAGAAGAACAGAAAGGGCGACCAGGACUGGGCGCUCAACCAGUCCUACUCGGAUUGCCUACAGCUCCAGCUGCAGCUAAACCUGGCGCAGAGAGCGAUCACACGACUGCAGAGGGCGCUGGGAAUACGGACGGGUGAAUACCAGGAGAGUGCCGGUCUGGACCAGAAUCUGCAGCAGUGCUCGACGGACAAACUGCGUAUCAUGUUGGAGAAUCUGCUGGACACACUGCUCAGUAUGACGACCCACGUGCCAUCCAUACCUCAGCCUCCCUUGCCUCUCUACAUCAGUCUUAACCCUCAGUCUAGUGAGGCCUUGUUCAGACAUCUGUGUCUGCUGGGCACGCGGAGAAUUCAAGUUUGUACAGGACUCCUACUCGCCAGAAUAUGUGGAAGUCAGUCCUGGUGGGGAAACUUCCUCGGAUCCAUGCUGCUGGAAUUCUUCAAUUCCGAGUAUACUCAAGUGUUUCCUCAGGACAGGGUAUUUGUCCUGCUGAGUGCCCUGGGUCAGCGUGCCCUGACUGGUCCGUCGUGUGUGAACAUCAUGGAGAGCCUGCUGGCUAUGUUGUCCAGGGUCUUGUCUCCACUCACUGGCAGUAACUUAUCCAGUUCGUCUAGCUUUACAGCUUCUGCCGAUAGACCCAGGAACAUGUCAGCAUGCCUUGAUUUGUCCCUUGUGAGUUGGAUACUGUUGUUUCUGUGUCGUAACUUUGACAACUCUUUGUUGGUUGGGCCAGAAGAAUGUGAAAAAGGAGUUUCCAAGAAAGACAGAGAUGCAGGCUCUUUUCAAACCAAUCGGUGGGGAUUUAUUCAAGGACAGUUGUCGACAAAUCCCUCAAAGAGCAAGACUCGGUCGGGUAAACUGUACCGGCGGUCGCUCCAGAAGCGGAUCCUGCAUCACAAGCAGCGGCUACAUGAACUGGAGCUGGCCAAGAAGAAGUUCCUGGAGAAGCACAUGGAGAAGAGUGGUCAGAGCAUGGGCAAAGAGGCUCAGGCACUCCUCAAACAGCAGGAGCAGCAGUUCCAGAAGGAGCUGUCGCAGUACGCUUCAAAGCAUCUGAAGGACAUCAUACAUAUUCGUCGCACCGAUCCUGUCUUUAGGAAAAUGCAGAAGGAUGAUGUUUCUGGAUCUAGUCGAGACAUGGAGGAGGAUCCAGAUAUUUGUUUUGUGUUGCCAAGAGAAAGGUGUCUGACUGUAGUCCGUGGGUUGAUGGCACUGCUGCUAAGUAUGGAUUAUACCUGCCAUGUCGACCUGUUUCUCAUUGCUUGCAAAGUAUUUGCGCGGAUCUGCAAUGCUGCACGUCCAGCGAUCACCCUGGCAGAAGCGAUGACUCAGGACCAGUUAGAACAGCUGAUCCUGCUGACCGCGAGUCACGAGGUGAACCACGGUGACGUCAGCUGGGGUGGGUCAUGGGCGGGUCACGCCAUCACCUGUCUCCUUCAGGACAUUCUCGAUGGAGAGCGCUUGUUCCCACCUGGCAAUGAUCUGCCGGUGAUGACUGAUGAAGAGAUGUCUGUCUCGGAAACUGAUGACAACUUGGCUCAGAGUGUCAGUCUGACCACAUUUGAUGACAGCAAUGGAGAAAUGGCGGACUUGGACAGUGCCCAACUGUCUGACAACGGACAGAGCCUGGAAAAGGAUGCGUCCAUCAUGGUGGACCUGCUGCUAGAGGAGAGUGAAUUUGACGACGAAGCCACAGACAAGCUGCAUGAGUAUGUGACGGGCGAGUCUGUGAAACCCCCCGGACACGACGGCCCCUUCAACGUCAUAUACAUGGGCAAGGGCAUGGGGCCAACGGCCUCAAUACCGUCAGUCGGAAACGAGCUGGCUGACCACAUCAAGUCAUCCAUGUCAGGAAUUUCAUCGUCAUCGGGGACGCCAGGGUUGUUCACAUGGUACGACAAGAACCAGAAACUGAAGAACUUGAAGAGCAAACUCGCGGACUACCUGAACACUGCCAAGUCGAUGUCAGGUUGUCUUGGUUUGUCGUCCGCCCUCGACGCCAGGCUGGAGCUUGGGCUGGAAACGCAAGCAGAGCUGCGUCUCAGAGUAAUGCUAUCAGCACAGAUGGACAGUGUUCACAGUGCCUUCCUCAACCCUCUGCCUCCAGCACCUCCAUUUUCACACAGUGUCAGCCAAUCACAGUCCUCGUCUACUGAUGAUGAGCUCUCUGAGGCCAAUCUGCUAGCCAAUCAACAAAGAACACUAACUUCGUGUCAGAUGCUGAGCCAGUGUUUCAACCACCUGUUUGCCCAACUAUUGACCCAGCGUGUGAACCUGGAAACCGUUCUCCAGCUCUGGCUCACCAUGAAUGACGACGGAAUCCAUGACGACUGUCCGCUGCAGCCCAGCUUUGAUUCGUCGCGUGUGCCAUCUAUUCCGCUUGACCCGCUGUCAGUGACCAAUCUGCUGGAGGCGGUCGUCCUCACACCCAACCUGCCGGUCCGCACCUGGGUCUUCGUUUUCCAGGCACUGUGCCUCCUGUCCAAUCAGAGGACGUCCGCCGAUGGGGCCGAUGUUUCCAUGGUUUCUGCCAUCAUCUCGGACAACAGCUUGGUGCAGUUACUGACCAAGUUUCUGUCCGGUACAUCAUCCAGUGGUCCGACAUCAGCAAAUGUGUGUCACCCUCUGGUUGGUCCAUCUGCCUGCAAGGCAUUUGAUGACUUCCUGAGAAGACUUCAGAUUAAAUCUGCUGAACUGAGUACACAAAACCUGAAAGAACUUGUAUUAAAAAUAAUACACACGUUGACAACUGAAAGGGGUGCUUUGUACAGCUGCAUGGGCCCACUAGAUGUACAAUGCAAGUUUAUGGAUUUUGUGCUGGACAUUCAGUUCCGACAAGUGAACACGAACAGUGCUGUCAACGUCAUCCAGUCAAUCAGCUACCUAGCCCAUCAGCACAUAUUCUGCCAGGAAAAGGUCGGCUGCCGAGGUUCGCUAGAGAACUCUGGCAACUGUCGAUCCUGCUUCGGAGGACUGUUCCAUGGCUUGCUGAGAGGUGAAUCUCGAACGGCUAUCGGUGAGGUCAGCCGCGACAGACUGCUCUGCAACAUGCUGAGACUUGUCAACAAUCUGAUGCAGAUACCAAUUCCAAACAACACUCCCUCUGGCUUUCCCGUUCAGGAAGAGAGGUAUGAAGCACCAUCGUUGAUGGUGCUCGACAACCUGUUUGACACCAGCAGACUGAACCCAGCUCUCGCAACGUCCACACCCACGGCAAUAUCGGAUGACGAGAAGGGACAUCAGACCGAUGAACAGAAAACUGAGUCGGCGGCCGCUGUCGCAGCGGGCAUUGACGCCAGUAAUCCUGAUCGGAGUCAGGUGCCGGAGGUAGUCAGCCGUCGACUCUGCGAUGUCAUUCUCGGCCACCCCAUCGUGAUGCAGAACUUGAUGCGGACUCUGAGUUUCUGCAACAGCGACACCUCUCCUGCAUUAAUAGGUCAUUCGGGGCUUGAUUCCUUGACAGAUGUUUUGCCGGGCGAUCCACUGUCGGUGGGCGAUGGAAUCUGCCAGAUCAUGUUGUGCUUCAUGAAACACACCUCCGACACAAAACUUGUACUGAAGGCGUUGUACGAGUAUUUGGCAGCAAGCAUUAACCAGAAUGUGGUGGUUCGCAUGUCCGAGCCUCUUCUGUGGUUUAUCAUCUGUGUUUUGGACAACAGCAAGAAAAUACAGAUGUUUUUAGAGAUGGGUGGUAUAGAUGUGGUCUGUCGUAACCUGGUGAGAUACAGCAACACUGUGAUUGACAUGAACCCCAGCCUCGUUUCUACAAUCAUGCUCAACAUGAAUUACGGAAGGACCGGCAACAUGGAUAAAAGCAACGAUCUUGACCCUGAUUCAUUGCAAAACUUUGCCCCAUUAGGCUCCAUUUCUUCAAGUAGUCCGACAGCCAGUCCAGCAGAUGUUCUGAUCCAGACAUCUCCACCUCACAGACGAGCACGAUCUGCAGCGUGGUCCUACCACUUCUACCCAGAUGAAGUGUGGGUGGAUCUCACCAUUCACCUGCCAUUUGCCAUUCUCCUUAAGGAGGUGCAGAUUCAGCCACAUGGCUCGUCUAUCUCAACCUGCCCUUCGUUUGUGUCCCUAGAGAUGAGCCACGAUGGGUCGACGUUGACCCCCCUGUGUCCUCCUCUCAGAACCUCUAGUCUGGCAUACAUCAAGAUUCUUCUUCCCAAGCCGGAAGUCACGUCCUCAGUCACGGUCCGUCUACACCGCGCCCUCGACUCGAUGACCAUUGGUCUGUCCCAGAUACUGCUCAUGGGUUUCAGCGCAUUCCGCGAUAUAAACAGAGCCACGUUCGGUGUCUAUGUGUCUGAUGAUGCAACAUCGAGGUCAAGCGUUGGUUGGGUGCGGGUUUUAGACCACUGCCUUUCAUCUCAAGGUGAUACACAGGAUGCAGUUGCUGCAGCAGCAGCUCCAACCCCAAACCUGCUGGGCACGUGCACGUCGCUGCUGAUGUCAUCAAUGGCGCUGCUGUACAGUCCACAGAUAGAGGCCGUACUGCUCAAGAUUGGACUGCAUUCUAAAGCCAUGGGAUUGGCUCUUAUUGAUAACAUUCUGCGCAGUCCAGCUGUUGUGAGGGAACCAGCUUUCCUUCCAGGACAGCACGCCCAUUUGGGCCAUGUUGGUGGGGCUGCCAGUGAAUCAACUGUUGAGUUGCUGUACCAAUUAGGAACUGUACAAGAUACGGGAACCAUGGCACGAGUCCGGUCUCUGCUCCAGUGGCUAAACGACAGUGCGCAGGCUGCCUUGCAGAAGUCGACUGCAGCAGAAGAUGGCAACUACCCGUCUGCUCUGGGCGAUGCAUCGUGGUAUCCACUCCCCAACCCCGCCGCCGCCCACGUGCACUGUGUGUCAGCCAUACUGUGGCAGAGUCAAGAACUACCAGUCUCGUACGAUCUGGGACAGCUGCUUAACAAAGAAUUAGUCAGGACUCUGUACGAGUGGUCAGCAAUUCUACCUGUGGAAUCAUUGCUCAAGAAAGCUAUAGAUUAUGUUAUGUGUUCAAUGUGCCAUAUUCAGCCAGAGUUCUUCACCACUAUUUUGGAAUGGAUGCGCAUCAUCAUCAGUUUCAACAGCAGCUUGAAUGCAUCAAUCUCCGAUGACUGCAAAGAUUUUCACUUCCACCAAGGAACCAUGACAGACGAUUCCAAAGAGGCAAAUCCACAGCCAGAAAGGAACAGGUAUUCUCCUGCUGUUACUCUUCAAGAAUUCCGUCACAUGACGCUAAACAAGUCGAGACUUGCCACUCUGGCGGUAGUGUGUAUGUCGCCGGUUGCUAUAAAACAGCUGUUAGAUUCUGGAUUCCCCGCUGUGCUGGCACAAAUACUCUACGAGUUCUGCAAGAAGGAGAUGACCCAGGCAGAAGAUGAUGUGUCGGAGAGUACUUCUCAGACAAACAGAAAUGUUGGCAGUGUUGGUGGUGAAGGGUCUGGUGUUUCUACAAGUGAAGCUAAUGCCUCAAACAGGCCAGAUAAAGACUGGGUAGCUUCAGCCGAUUUGGUGUCUGCUAUUCUAGACUUCUUCGCGGAAGUGUGUGCCGAGUUUGUGAUGAAGGACUGGAUUGGAAGUCCAGAGGGAAACAUCUUCUGGCCCAUCCUACUAACCAUGUUGUGCAAUGCUCCCCAGAGCCAGACACUUCAUUCUGUGGCUUGUAAAAAACAGAUAAUGACAGCUGAAGAGAGAUCGAAUGUUGAAACGUCAGCAAUCCGCUUCUUUACCAAUGUAAUAUCAUGUCACUCUGUGAACCAGCUGCUCUUUGCUAAAGUUCUGUGUGAUGUCAUUCGAGAACAGGGAAAUAAUCGUUCAGGUCCAUUUUUUGGUGCUAUUCCCCUUUCCGGUUUUACGCGACGGGUUCUUCUUCAAGUGUUGCUGGAGGAUGAACGGGUUGUCGUGGCCCUGCACCGGUCGUGUGGCAACAUGUCGAUGCACAACCGCGAGAACCAGAUCCACCACCCGCAGUACGGGGCCGGCCAGUGUUUCUGUACGGCGAGGGUGAAUCUCAACAUCAGAUGUGCAGAUCUCAUCUCACUUGUAGGAGGUGCUCCAUUGCUGACCCAUCAUUUUGUUGAGGUCCACAACACAAAGAAGAAGAUGAGUGAUGAUUCCAAGAAAGAUGCCUGUGAUUUAGACCUGGGUCUCGAGGUUGUCGAAUAUUUGUCUAAUGCUGCAGGAAUGUGUGCAAAAGAAAAACGUGAGAAGAGUCCGUCUCCUUCUAAAAAUAACUUGCCCCCGCUGCCUGCAUCUCACCUGCCCCCGCGACCACCCACUCGGCGAGGGCGGCACACGGUGGAUGACCCGCCAUCUCAUUCGAGAUACAACACCUAUUCACAACACCUGCUGCAUAAAGCCUUCAAAAACAAGACUUUGCCGCGAGAACUGAGUCUGUCCCAGGUGAUCUACCUACUGAACCAGCAGGGCUCGCCACACUUCACCGGAGCUGCUCUACAGUUCACCAUCGAACUGAGGGUGAAAACAGCCAGAUCCAGACUAGCAUCAUACCUUAGUGCUGAUCAAGGUGUCUCAGAUGACUGGGCGAGCCAGGACAACGAUGUCCCCGAUGAGGUGUUGUUGAGAUCUCCCGGCUUCCCAUCAGCAUUACAGGUAUUUGCCAGUGUAGGAGGCCUCGCCCUGCUCGCAGAACACCUCCCCCUGCUCUACCCUGAAAUCACCAGGCAGGCCUCGUCACCAGAGGCAACAACCGAGAACAACAACAUUGCAGAUCUGGGUCAGGACUGGGUCACUGUGGAGUCCUCCGAUGAAUAUUAUGAUCCAUACGUUGAGCCGUUGUCGCCAGCUCAGACCACGUCUCGAGCAGCUCGACAUGCGGCAGGAGCCAUGCCGUCGAUACCGCCGCACUCGCUCAUCGCGUUCGGGCUGUUCCUGCGGCUGCCGGGCUACGCUGAAGUGUUGUUGAAGGAGAGAAAGAAGGCUCAGUGUUUAUUGCGCUUGGUUCUGGGUGUCACAGAUGAUGGUGAUGGAGGUCACAUCCUGACAUCUUGUGUAGCCAAUUUGCUGCCCACUCUGCCGUUCACAGUGCUCAAGUCACUGUUUGAUGCCACACCCCUGUCCACGGAUGAUGGUGUGUUGUUAAGACGCAUGGCACUGGAUAUUGGCACAGUUCACCUGAUCCUUGCCUGUCUCUCUGUCCUCAGUCAUCACGCACCCAGGGUGGCAUCCGGUGGGUUGCAGCAGGAGACUAACGUGAUCCUCUCUGCGAUGCAAACGAACACCAGCCAGCCCACAAGCACCCAGACGGAGGAGAAGAACCAGAGUUACUGGGCCAAGGGUACGGGGUUUGGAACUGGAUCUACAACGUCGAGCUGGGAUGCGGAGCAGGCUCUGAUCCGACAAAAGAGUGAGGAGGAGCACGUGACGUGUCUCUUACAGGUUUUGGGCAGCUACAUCAACCCAAGCGGCCAGGUUCCCGAGGGGUUUGACAAGAAGGACUACCUGGCUCCUGCUGAAAACACCCAGAUACCAGAGGUGAUGCCCAACCUGCUGGGCCAGUCAUGUCUCGUUCCGGCCAUCUCGUCUUACCUUCGUAACGACUCCGUUCUCGACAUGGCUCGCCACGUUCCACUCUACCGGUCACUGCUAGAACUACUGCGGGGGCUGGCUGUGUGCCGGUCACUAGUACCACUGUUAAGAACGCUGGAUCGUGAUGGCAGUCCAGACACUGCAACAGCAAUAGAGGUCCUGCUAGAAAAGAUGAAGGGAUGCGUGGAUACGUAUGCUAGUCGCCUCAAGUCCAAUAAAGGCAAGAAUGGGUCAACCAAAGUUGAUGAAGAAGAGAGUGAAGGUUUGGCACUGUUAAUUCCUGACAUACAAGAAACGGCCAGGAUCGUGAAGACUGCAACAGAUCGCCUUAGAGAAUCACUGGAUGAGACAGACCUCACCUUGUCACACAGCAAAGAGAAACAUGGUGUUAAGAUAGAGAGGAGUUUAGAAGAGAAAUAUGUCAUGGUUAUGAAAAUUCUGCAGUUUGAUACGUAUGAAAUGGUGCGUGAGGAAGGGAAUGGUUUGAAGUUUGUGAUGCCACACCACUACGAGUCGAACGUGAAGGCGGCGGGAGAGAUGAGCACACCGUCGCGCACGCGCCGUCUGGCCCAGGAGGCCGUCACGCUGUCCACGUCACUGCCCCUCUCCGCCAGCAGCAGUGUCUUCGUGCGGUGCGACGAAGAGCGCCUCGACAUCAUGAAGGUUCUUAUCACAGGACCAUCUGAUACUCCAUAUGCAAAUGGCUGUUUUGAGUUUGACGUGUACUUCCCUCAAGACUAUCCAAACUCUCCACCCUACAUAAACCUGGAAACUACGGGAAAUCACACGAUUCGCUUCAAUCCCAAUCUUUACAAUGAUGGCAAAGUUUGUCUCAGUGUCUUGAACACGUGGCAUGGAAGGCCAGAGGAGAAGUGGAAUGCACAGACAUCAAGUUUUCUACAGGUUUUGGUGUCAAUUCAGUCUCUGAUUCUAGUUAAUGAACCUUACUUUAACGAGCCUGGGUACGAGAGGUCAAAGGGCACUGCGUCAGGAACAGCAAGUUCGAGAGAGUACGAUGCAAACAUUCGGCAGGCCACAGUCAAGUGGGCCAUGCUGGAGAUUCUUAAAAAUACACAGUCCUGCUUCAAAAGUGUGAUCCACAAUCAUUUCUGGCUGAAGCGACAUGAAAUACUGAAGCAGUGUGAAGACUGGAUCACUGAGAUGGAGGCGUACAGCAACGACAAGAGAACGGGCCGAUCUAUCGCUCAUAGUACACUGGCUCUCAAGCGACACUACAACCAAUUGCGGGAAGAGCUUGCCAAAUUGAAACCGCCAGGAAAUCUUGAGGAAGAGGACGUAGAGUUGAUCGAUCCUCAGGGCAAGCACUACUCCACUGACCAGUCGGCCCAGGCGGAGACUCCGGACAAGGAUUCGGAUGCGUCCGGUUUCAGCGUGACCAGCAACACCAUGCUGCUCGACCCUCUGGGCAUCAGCCAGGACAUCCCCGACUGCUAGCUGAAGCCUUUUUCAGUAUCACGGAAUGUGCCAAACUGAAAUUAGUUAACAUUGAACAACUUGGUGAUUCUAUACAAUUUUACCUGUUCUGAUACACGGUUGAUAGUCACUUGAAUUAUGGUCAUCAGAAGAUAAAUGACGGUGAAAUGUUUAAUCUUUAAACAAAUCGGUGAACAAACCUUGAUGUUCAAUGUAUCUACUCUUGAUACACAGUUGAUAGUCACUUGAAUUAUUUUUAUCUGAAAAAAAAAGACAAAUAUUUAAUCUUUAAACAAAUUGGUGAACAAACCUUGAUAUUCAUUCAUUGUAUCUACUCUGAUAUGCGGUUGAUAGUCAUUUGAAUUAUUUUUUAUUUGAAAAUAAGAUGACGGUGAAAUAUUGUUUAAACAAAUCGGUGAAGAAAUCCCGAUGUUUCAUGUAUCCUGUGUUCUAGUGUUUAAUACAUGUAGUCCUACUCGGGAGGAAUAAUAAAGAAUGCUGAUCAGCUUCAGACUAUUGCUGUGGCAUUUGUUUAUUUUUCUCUUAACAAAUAAUCCAGAAGCACAGUAAUAUAAUAAAGAUGUAAAUUUGUGUGAAUACUAUGUGGUGUUAUCUCACGGUGCCCAUUUACCACUGAGUUUUCUUUUUGUGAAAAUGCACAUUAUGCAACGUUUGCUUGGAUUUCUGCUUGAUAAUGAUUUUAUUCAGAAUGUGAUAAUUUAAAAUGGCAGCCUGUAUUUAUAUUAUGCCAGCCUAAUGGAUGUCCAUGUUAUCUAUAUUUAAUGUUAUAUUUGUGUGUAUGAACUUUAUUGAGGCAUAUUGUCUUAAUCAAGGAUAUUGUCUAAGAAAUAUGAUGAUUGUCUGUGUGACACAUGAAUAUUGUUUUGUGUUAACUAGGUCAUAAUCUACCAUGUUGAAUAAAUGGUAGGUCAAAAUGGGUUUUUUGUUUUUUGUGGUUUUUUUAAACAGUAGGAUUAAUUUUUCUUUUGGGACCAGUCUUGUGCAUCCUAAAUCAUCUCAGAACAAGGUGGGAAGUCUGGUUGCUAAUUGAAUUUUAUAAAUCUUGCUUAAUUAAUACAAAUUUACAAUACAUUACAUUAAUAUCUUUAAUUGUUUUGUUUGUUUUGUCUUUUUUGUUUGUUUGUUUUUUAAAUAUAAUUUUGGCUGUAAAGUAUUUCUAGACUUGAAUAUAGUAUAAAAAGAGGAUAUAAAUCCAGUUAUUUGUGCCCCAGUUUGGCAGCCAUUUAGGGUUUUUUAUUAGACCAAAUUUGAUGGUUGAGAAAGUACAGGUUAUAAACAGUAAUGAUUUAUAUUGUUAGUACAUAAAGAUAUUGGUCAAAUGGACCGUUACUGGUCAGGUCCAAUGAACUAUCAACUUUUAUCCUUUGUUGUCAGUUAUUCUGUGUAUACUCUAAUUUGUAGAUUUAUGUUUUGGGGUUCCUGUUUUUUCUUCUUUUUUUACACAUUUAUCCCAAAACUUUAUGAAACUAGCUUAGCAUAGUAAUUUACUAUGUUCUUAUAAAAAAAACAAGUGUAAUGCUAUAAAGAAAAUGGGUAACAUUUGGCAUUACAUUAUCAAUUAAGUAAUCCAUUUAAAAAAAAAAACAUUUACACUAUAUUGUAUUCAAAUUGAAUGAACAAUUAAAGAAAAAACUAAUUAUAUCUGUAAAAAUUAAUCACCAUAUUAAAUUUUAACUUUAUUCAUAUUACAAAUUAUAAACCAUUACUUUUACAAAUUCAAUAUAUUUUGAAGAAAAACCCCCACCACCAUUUAAUAUAAAUAUACAUGUGUUAAUGGUGUAAAUCAUCAAUUUGCCUUUCAUCUUGUAUAGUUGGUGUUAUAACAGAUUAACAUUUCUCACAUAUAUAAAAUGUUCUUCCUCUUACACUGUCGACUCGAAUUGAAAGUUUUUGGUCUCGGCUCUAGGUCACCAGCCGAAAUAAAUGCUCAUUUUACUUUUUAUUUCCAUAAUACAGUAGGUUGCUUUUUCAUGGAGGAAUAAAUAUACAUGUAUUUUACGAUAAUUAAGCAUCUGAACUCAACAUAUUGGUCAGUUGAUCCCAUUUUAAUUGAAUAUUUUUGUUCCAAGAUCAACUAAAACAUUGUUAGAAAAUUGUGUGGUUUAUUAUUAGUGAUGUAUGCAGUGAUUAUCCAGUCUAAUUAGAAUUAAAGUAUUGUCUGCAUAAUGUGUCAUUGACCAGUUUCUUUCCAUUAAUAAAUUAUGAAACGUUUGUCACAUUAUGACAUAAUACAUAACAGUCGAAAGAUAUGCCCCCACUAUGUUAUAUUUAUAUUCUUUAUCCUUGGAUUGAGGUUUUUGUAUGGACAAAUACUGUUUUUGAUGUGUUUUAGAAUUUGUUUUAAACAUUCAUCAGACUGGUUGAAUGUUAGAGAUUGUUGUCAGUAGUAUUUGUUUUUUUGUUUUUAAAUGUCCAUUUGAAGAAGAGUUAGCUGUUAACUAUGUUAAGAUGUUGGGUGUGUUGGGUGUGUGUUCAUGAGUGAAUUUAUGUACAUAACAUGGCAAUAGUUCCGUUUAUAUAUAAAUUUUCUUCAGCAAAUACUGUAAAGUGUACAGACUAAUAUACUUCAAAUGUGCUAAAUGAAAAUUAAAAACAACUAAUCACAUUU